UGCAUAUAUAAGUUCAUAUCCCAUGAUGGUCACUAUCAACAAGUCAGUGAGUGAAUAAGGGAACCAUAGUAACUUGAACUGUUUAUAUGAAGAGGAGUACAUAUAUAUAUAUAUAUAAGGAGAUGGUGUAACCGGUGGAGAAUUUUCAGUUCCAUUUAUCUUUUCAAUAUUUACUUGAGACAAUGUUAUUUCAAUCAACGUUUAACACUCAGAAUAAUAAUACUAUUCGUGAUAAUAUUGUUAAUAGUACACUAAAUUAUAACUCAUAUUGUUUCAAUUCACAACUAAAAAGUUUUUCAGACCAAAAUAGUACCCCAUUAACUCCUGAUAUAGCGUUAUCAUCUGCAAGCCAAUAUACAUCUACACCGAUCAAUUUUCAUUUGAAUAGAACAGAUGAUUUCUCUAUUAGACCAACAUAUUCUUCAUCUACCUCUCCUGUUAUAAACAAAUAUGAUAUUGAUGAAAUUUUAAAUAAACCUUCAUUGAAUUCAUUCCAAUCUAGUUCAGAUGAUUCGAUUAUUUCUACUACCGCUACUACUACUACUACUAUUACUACCCAUACUACUACUACUACUAAUAAUAAUAAUAUUACUGAAAGCGAAACAAAUACAUCAACAACGCAUUUCAUUGAUAAACUUAGUAACUUCCCUAAUGAAAACGUCAUCUAUCCUCAAAUCAAUUUACAAGAUGAAAUCGGCCAAGUUUUGUCAUCGUCAUCAUUAUCGUCAAAGACAGAAGUAGCCACAACAACAACAUCAACUGUAAACUUAACAAAAACCACUAAUCAAAAUUCAAUAAUAGAAGAUUAUUUUUUUAACAAUUUCAAUUCAUCAGAUAUUUCAUUAUUCUGGCUACCAUAUUUAAAUAAUAUUUUUAAUAUGUAUUCAUCUUCAUUGAUCAAUCCAUCUCAAAUGACAAAUUUUAAUCAGGCAACUAUUAAUUGGCGUCUAUGGAGAACUCUUUUAAGAUAUUUAAUGUUAAAUGAAAAUGGUCAUAAACAGUUUGAUGAUGAUGCUACAUCAAUGUUUUCUUUACCUUACUUUUUAUCAACUCCUACUCCUAUAACAAUACCAGUAAAUAAUGUGAAUAAUUUCAAUUCAGUAUAUUUAUGUAAUUGGGAUCAUUUAAUGGAUUUCUCAUAUGUACCCGAUCAAAAUGUUACAUCAGUUCAAACAACACCAUUAAAUCUUGCUAUGAAAUUGAAUUCAUCAGACUAUAACACUACUAUCUCUACUACAAAUGUGACUAUUAAUACUACUAAUACUACUACUACUACUACUACAACUACUACGACUACUACAUCUACUAUUAAUACUCCUAUUAAUCAUUCACCGAAUGGACUACAUUUUACCAAUACUCAAAAAGUGUUAAUUACUCAAUCACAUAGAAUAAAAAGUUCAGUUCAAGCAUAUGAAAUGAUCAAUGAAAACAAAAAUAUUUUCACAAGAUCGAAAACUGAACCCAUAUCAACAACAUUAUCAAUGAAUAUUAAAAAAUCAAUUUAUAAAUGUUCACAUUGUGGUCGAGGAUUUAGUAAAGCAUAUAAUAGAACAAUACAUGAACGUACUCAUACAGAUGAACGUCCAUUCGGUUGUGAUGUUUGUUCAAGACGAUUCAGACGAAAAGAUCAUUUAAGAGAUCACAGCUACACUCAUUUAACAUCAAAACCAUUUUCAUGUUCAAUAUGUCAUCGAGGCUUUUGUCAAUCACGUUCAUUAGAAAAUCAUAAACGAUCAAACCAUCCAAUUAAAAAAGAUGAAACCGGUACAAAAUUCAAUGAUAAUCAUUCGACUAGAUUGAUUUAUACAACAGCUAAUAUUAUUCCUACAAAUGACAUGAAUAAUACGAAUACUACUACUACUACUACUCUUAAUAAUAAUAAUAAUAAUAAUAAUAAUAAUAAUAAUAAUAAUAGUACUAGUACUAGUAUGAAUACCUGUACUACAAAUUGUGACGUGAUCAACAUAAUAAGAAAUAAUAAGGCGGUAUAA